AGACCUCCAUCGCAAUGUGCGCUUGUGAAAUGCUCAUUUAGGACUAGCGCCUGUGCAUGGACAUACGAUCGUUGGAAACUACUCAAUGGGAAAAUUGUCAAUGAAGGUCAAGGAGAUGCUGUCCUUAGCAGUGAACCCGUUCUUCUACCGAUGAACGCUCAUUUUGAACUGGAUAUUCUUGCCAGGUAUCGAAGCCGCUCAUGUCUCGGUGGUAAAAAUAGGGAUGCUGAUCUAGCUACAUACAUAUUCAUUUGA